AUGGCAGUACGACUUAGGGCUUGGGCCUUGCUUGUCAUAGCUACCUCUAUCCCUGGCACCAUCGCAGACCAAAUCCCGACUCAAACUGCGACAGUCGUGGUUACUACGACCCCAGUCAUCCAGCCCUCAGCCACGGGUAGCCACCUCUCCAUCCGUGACUCGGUUUCGUCGGAUCCCUCCUGUCCGGAUGGCUGGCUGUGUGAUCCCACCUCCUGUUCCAUGAACUGUGCGGCAGGCACUGAGUGCCAGAGUUUUGAGGGGGUACAAUUCUGCACGACGACCAACUGGAGGUACUGCGCUGCCGAAAGCCUGGGCAGCGGUUCGUGGGCACUGUAUGGGGUGAACUCCGUGACUUCGAUUUGCUGCCAUGGUAAUGCCUAUCCUGCUGGGACACAAUGCUGUAGCUGGCCGGGUGUUGAAUCUUCUGCUACCUCUGCUGUUACCUCUGCUGUUACUUCUGCUGCUCCCUCAAUUUCCUCUUCCUCUGCCUCCUCCUCAUCCUCCUCUUCACCAGCUACCUCAUCCAACCCCCCCACCCCCACCCUCACCCCCCAACUCGACACCUUCACAUUCAACGGCUGCUAUGCUGACUCCGCCGACGCCCGCCUCCUCGUCGCCGACUCCAGCGAAGACGGGAGCGCCGACGGCAUGACCGUUGAAAAAUGCAUAGCCCUCGCCCAAGCCAGCUACUGGCGCUACGCCGGCGUCGAAUUCGGGAGCCAAUGCUUCGUCGGAAACACCCUCCACGGCCCGGACCAAUACGCCACGGGCGACUGCAACACCCCGUGUGCGGGCAACCCCACGGAGCUCUGCGGCGACGGCGGCCGCAUCCAGGUCUACGAGGAUGCGUCCUGGAGCAGUCCCACCCUCGCCGAGCUGGCGGACGCGGUGCAGCAAUACAAUGCCACUGUUGCAGAUGCACGCCAGGUCAUUGCGGACUAUAAGGCUCACAUGGAUGAGCUCGCGGCGUAUCUUUCGUCGACGUCGACGACGAGAAAGCGAGAUGCAGCGACGCUGAAUGAGUUUGAGAUGACAUUGAUGGGGGAUCAGAGGAAGAUUGAGGAGGCGCAGGCUAAUACCGCGAGGACUCAAGCGCUGGGGGAUCGGAGGCUAACGAUUGGGAGACAGCUGGAUACGUUUGGAACGGAGACGGUCCCCGAAACGGUCUUCGAGGAGUGGGGUAUCACCGCGUCCAACAUGGCCCGGCUGCUGGGGAACGUGUGGACCACAGUCAAAGGUGCCGUGGCCAAACUCCGGGAUGCUGCCGCGAAUAAUGCACAACCCGAGGUUGAUGCUGUGGCUGCUGCGGCCGAAGCCGAGACGGCGCUCGACCUCAUCGGUGUCGGCGCGACUCUCACUGUCGCGAGUGGAUUCUUCCUAGCCCUGGCGACCAUCUGGGAAUUUUUCCACGGCUCCGGCAGCAGCGGCGGCGGCACAGGCCCCGACACCGGCGCCUCGACCACCCUCGCGCCUACCACCCUCGCCACCGCAACCACCACCCCCUCCGCAACCAGCACGACCUCCUGCACCGCGACAGCGACGUCGACGCCUAUCGGCCUGCUCGCCAAACCGGGCGUCAGCGCGGCUGAUUUCAGCGCAUUGGUGGCCCGUCUCCCCGUGAAUCCGGAUAGUAUCCUGCUGACGGAUGCCUGGCAACCGAAUUUUCUGUACGUGGGCGCAGUGGAUGAAUGUACGAUCGAGACGCUGAACAGCAAUGAGCUGGUGGAGAGCUGGACGGUGGCGUCGGGCUCGCAGCCGCUGUUUGCGUUCAAUUCCGGGGCGAUUCCGGCUUGUGAGGUUUAG